AUGCUGAAAAAUCGGCCGAGCACGUCGGUGCACACGUCGUGUACAUUUUUCCUCUUCAAGGCCGUCGCCGUCGUGCUCCUGGUCUACACGACGGUUCAACUCUUCACCCGUGACGUUAUCAGCAGCCACAUGAUCAGGCCCGACGUCCUGGUCGACUACAUCACCCGCACGCCCUUUCUCCUCGACGGGCAAAACGUGACGGAGGUGGCGGCCAAGUAUGUCAAGUCGCCGGUGAAGGCGCCCUUCAAGAACAAAUUCUCCGAGAUGGGCAAGCGAACGAACACGCUGGCCAAAUGGCUCGCCUACACGGACGACGCGCCCCGUCUGGCGCGGUCGCGGAAGGAGGUGGUCGCGGCGACCGAGUCGGUGGCGCUCGCGACGUUUCCCUUCCUCCGGGCACCCCGCAAGCCGUGGAGCGAAACGCCGCUCGGCGAUCUCCGGGAAACGUUCCAGAAGGGCAGCCGGGGCAUCGCCAUGGCCGUCGGCGGGAGCGACAAGGCGCUGCGGUUCGCCGGCCACCUCAUCGUCAUGCUCCGGACCAUCCUGGGCUCGCGGCUGCCGAUCGAGAUUGCCUACGCCGGCGACGCCGACCUCUCGGCCAAGAACCGCGAGCUGCUCCUCUCCUUUGACCCGACGGGCAACAUGUUCUUCCUCGACCUCAUGGACGUCUUCGACGACAAGACGGUCAAGUUUGGCGAGGGCGGGUGGGCCAUCAAGCCGUUCAUGGCGCUCGCCUCGCGGUUCGAGCAGGUCAUCGCCAUGGACUCGGACGUCGUCUUCAUGCAGACGCCCGAGGUGCUCUUCGACCACAAGCCCUACACCGAGACGGGCGCCUACCUGUUUCACGACCGGCUGCUGCACAAGAACCUGAAGUCGGGCCGGCACAGCUGGUUCCGGGACCAGAUCAGGAAGCCGUCGGCGCAGCUCAUGCGCUCCCGCGUCUGGAACGAGGGGUGGUCGGAGGAGUGCGACUCGGGCGUCGUCGUGCUCGACAAGUCCCGGCCCAAGGUGCUCGCGUCGCUGCUCCACAUGGCCUGGCAGAACACGGACGCGGUGCGCAAACAGGUGACGUAUCGGAUGACGCACGGCGACAAGGAGUCCUGGUGGCUCGGGCUCGAGCUCACGGGCGCCGACUACGGCUUCGAGGCCGAGUACGGCUCGGUCAUCGGCUGGGAGCAGGCGGUGAAGCUCGAGCACGGCAAGAACGGGAGCCGCGUCUGCAGCGCCGUCAUGUCGCACACGGACCCCGACGGCGCGCUGCUGUGGUACAACGGCAGCCUGCUGAAGAACAAGCGGGCCGACCCCAAGACGUACCUCGUGCCGGACGUGUGGAUGAAGGGCGGCAACUGGGUCAAGGCGCCGGGGCCGGGGAAGAGCGCCGUCGCCUGCAUGGCCGGCGCCCGCGUCCACAACAUCACGGUGGACCAGCGGAGCAUGGUGGAGCAGAGCAUCAAGGCGGCGACGCGGGUCGACAAGAUCAUCCGGCCCGGGGGAUGGAAGGAGAACCUGUACCGCCGGCACCGAGCGGUCCGGACCUGGAUUUAG